AUGGCGCAGAGCGCAGAGUACACUCCCAGCCAUCCGAGCCUGGUAUGGCCCCGCUCAGACGGUACUAGCAGCAGCUGGCCCGGCCGAAACACCCCCGACCAGGCCGCGCAGAACGGCAAGUACUACGAGCCCGUGCCCGACCGGGACUCGCGAUAUCUGGCGUUCGAGGAGCGUGCGGGGGAGCACCUGGCUGCGGUACUAGGGCUCCCCAAGCGCGGAAAACCGCAUCGUAUACCCAUGCCCUCGGGGUACAAGAUCUUCGUCACCCGGCACAAGGGGAACACGUCGAAACGUGAAAGCUCCUACUGCUAUGGAUCGAGCCAGGAGAAGCGCUUCAAGAACGUCAACGAAUGGAAGCUACAUGCCGAGUGGCUGUUCGAUACGACUAAAUCGCUUGAAAAGCACGCGUGGGAGGUGGGUCGAGCUGGCUCCUCACCAGCCUGGCAUGCCUCCUCGGCAACCUAUCGCGGCGGCUCGUCCGCCUAUCAUGGCUCCUCCGCCUGUUCACGGCAUGGACAUCGCGGACGACAGGUCGAACCCAUGUACUCCAAGGAUACAGGUCCGAGCGGCGUCGUCUAUGAUCGAGGAUACGACCUCAAGUAUCAGCGGCGUCAUCGGCGGGGCGAGCUCGUCUGGGUCCAGAUCGAUCCCAUCACCCCUUCGGCCCCUCCCUCCCGUCGGUGCGCGCUCUCGGAUCGGUCUUUGUUACCUGAGAUCACCCACUGGCCAGUGAUCAUUGCGGAUAUCCGUCUGAAGGUCACCGUCGCGCGAGAUGGGGCUAACGAGCCUGGCGAAGUUACCCACAGCUGGACCUACCACCUCCGGCCGCUGGGAAUGUUUUCGCCAAAGAGCGAGAUUGUACGGGAUCAGAGUGAUUUGCUGCCGUGGGCGAUGGGAACGGAGCUCUUGGCUGGGCCAGCAGGAUGGCAGCAGCUCGCCCAGGAGGGGACCAGGGUGCUUGACGAGGCAAGCCACCAGUCAGCGCUGGAUUGGGAGGAGGGGUUAGGUGGACGGAUCAGAUUUGAGGAGAUGGACGAGGGGGAAGAUGCGACCUUUAGAUUGGGCGUUGCCAUACGGACUGGCACACAAAUUGCCAACAAUUGGUGUCAGACAGAUCGGAUCGACAUCAUGUCGGAAGUCGACCGCCGACUAGUCAUCAAUGAGGAGACGUACGCCUAUCAAGGGCUAUGGCUGGGCGGGGAGCGGAUAUGGGUGGAUGAUAUCGUCCGGCUAAAGAAAAGUCGCGCGGAUGUACCAUUCCCGCUUUCGGCGGCGGAACAAGCGGGAUCGGAAAAGAGGCCCGUAUUCAUGAGGAUAAGGUGGAUCAAGGUGGAACAAGUGGCGGGCAAACCACGUUGCGUGAUUCGAGGGGACAUUGCCGAGCUGGCGCUCAAGGACGGCGAGGAGGAAGCGUGGCCCCAAGAUGGAGCCUUCAAGCUGGCAGCGUCAUACAAGGCUCCGAUGGGCUAUCGUUUCAAGCAGUUGAACGAUGCUGCGACGGAAGCGAUGUGUGAUGUCUCUGAUAUCGCGGGCAGACUCUAUGUCGAUCUACUGGAUCAUGACACCCAGACAUGGCUAUUCUCAACGGGCGCGGACGAGACGGGCCGACAUCAACCCGGCAAGACGGCUUUGGCGCUGAUUGGGCGGCUCCCAGGCACGCAUGCGUACUCUGCUCCUGGGAUAUGGAAGGGUGAGUCUAUACGCCGACGACACUAA